AUGCCGGGGAGCAUAGAUGAGAAUGAGAGUCCUCAAAUUCUGAAAUAUGUCGGGUCUGUUGGAUUUCUGGUGUUUUCUCUGGCGAUGACGGCUUUCGGGUAUACCAACAAUGCGUGGGUGGUAAUGGAGAGGACAAAAGCGAUGGAUGAAUUCCAGAGAGGAGUUCGAGGUCAUGACUGCUACAAGACGUACCGCCCGGAGAACAUCACUUGCUUGCCAUGGGGAUAUGAGAAUAAGGCCGAGAAGUUCCCACCAAGUCUUCAAAAUGUUCAAGAUGCUUCAAUUGAAAUCCAUGUCGCACACUGCAUCGCUAUCAUUAUCAUGUUCUCCCAAGGUUUCUGGCUCGCCUACACCAUCGGACACUGUUGCAGCAUUAAAUUCUGCCAAGGCUUCGAGAAGUACAGAUUCGUCAUGUUCCAUGCUAUGGUGGUUUCAGUUGGUCUCUGGAUUAUUCUCUUCUUCGUCUUUGUCUAUGAGACAUUCACCGACCAAAUUCUCUACCGGUCCCAACAGGAGGUAGAUUACUCUCAUCAAAUCGGAGCUGGAUGCUGGAUCUUCUUCCUCGGCGGUCUCCUACCAUUCGUUGGAGCUAUGUACUGCCUGUUCGCCGAGCAAAUGCAACAAUCACAGGAUUGGAUUCAGCAUUUCGUGAACAAUCCACGUCAACGAGUUCCAACAACCGAUACUACCCAGGGAGCAGAAGUGGUCAUUCCUAUGAAUACAACAGCUCAGUAA